CUUGCAAGUUUAUGUAAUUUGUUCAGUGGCUAUAAAAGGAAGUGUAUCACAAGUCUGGGGCUUGAAAGAUGAGUCAAAAACAAGAAAUUCGAGUGAAUGGGUGGUCCAUUUAAAGAAUCCUGCCCUGCUCGAAGAUAUUAAAAAGUGUAUUCGACAUAUGGAAGAUCAGCAUGCUCUUUAUUAUGGCAUGGCUGCUCUUUACUAUGUCGUUAAUCAUACCCCACCAGGGGCAGAUCAAGCAGCAGCUGCCCAAGAGUGUUAUGCUCAUGCUCAGAAGUGGGCUCAAGCAUCAGCACAGUCCGACAAAGCAAUGAUAGAGAAAAUCAAAUUUAAAUAUCUACAACUUACCGCUAAACACAUUUUAUAUACACAUGGAUUAGGUAGUAGCGAUUAUCUGCAACUGGUCCUUUCUCCAGAGCGACUUGUUCGUAGGCUAUACAUGGAUCAAAGUAUAGUACUAAGAUGUCGGGGAGCUACUGAGAACAGACCUGAUGUUAAUUCUGCUGUGAAUGCACUUGGAAAACUUUUUUCCCUCAACAUCAUACAACUUCGAUUAGAAUUACUUGAGGAAUGGUUACAACCUAGCGACAGUGGUUCGAAAUUGGAUGACAGCAUCACUUAUAACAUUGCUGCUAUAACGUCUCAAACCGAAGACAAUAUCGUCAAUGACGAUAAUCUGCUGAGGGCAUGCUAUCUGCUUGAAUGGGGAGAUAAAGUGAUGUCUGCAAAUUACUUGAUCAACAUUGGGUUUGAUAUGACAAACGAUGCUUCCUUUAGACCCGGAAUUCAAUUCCGAGCUCUAAGUGUACUCUUGUCCAUUACUGAUUCGGCAACAGUACAAGACCUCACUAAACGAGACUUGCAAAGUAUCAAACUGUACAUGAAAUCACUGCAAUAUAUAAGUAAAUUGGAAAGACUAGGACUUACAUUCAGUAUGCAUGGAUUUGAAAGUUCUCCAAAACUGGAACUGGUGCAAAUGUUGUUUAGAAGUCAUGCACAUUUGCCAGAGGCACUCGUUCUCAUUUUGCAAAUGUGCUUGGAUUUUGGAAUAAAAGAUUAUACUUUGUGGGAUGGGGCAUUAAGUGCUAUGGCAAAAAUGUGUAUGAUCAGAGAACUAGAAAAAAUUUUGCCAAAACUAUCAACUGUAAGCUACACGAUAGGCUGUAAGGGCUAUACUAAGGCUUGGGAAGUAAUAAUUUGGGAACCAUUCAGGAAAACAGAUACUGUUCUUUCUUCAAAGCAGUUCGACGAAUGUGUGACAUCAAUUUGUCUCUUGCACUCGUGUCCUGUAGCAAACAAAUUAAAUCUUGAGCCGAUCAUAAAAGUCUGUUUUGAGACAAAUCAUCCUGAACUUGCUGCUGCAAUUUUACCAUUUCUGAAUAAGAAUGAUGUGGAUUUCGUUGUAAAGACAAUAAGCUCAUCCUAUGAUGUGUUUAAAGUUAUAGACAACCUCCGUGCUCUUCUAGAAAAGGGAAUUCUCACGGUUUCACAUUCGGUGCGUAUAUUGGAAAAAUUGGUACAAUCAGACGUGACGAAAAAUGAGUGAACAUACAAUGUUAAUAACAUGUGAAUAUGAAUGUAAUGUGACAUAGAUCAGAAAAUUAUAAUUAUAUUUUUUUAUGUAACUUGAAUAAAUUGUACAUAAAAAAAGUUGAAAA